ACAGGAUAUCUCACUGGCGCGAAAAACGCACUGUGUGGCUCCUAUUACACAUUGUGGGGCGGACCUGCAGCUGGAGCCGCCGGCUUUUGUGUUUGGUUUUGUUGAACGUAAAACUUAAGAGAAGUGAAAACCAGCGUGAGGAGAACAUCGUCGUGGAAAAACUCGGACAGCUUCUAUGCGUGUGAUCUCUGCGCGCCGGGUACACUUUGCUCUCUGGCUGCGGAGGGAUUUUCCAUGCCCUGAAUUUCACUCUGGGGUUUCUGGGAUAGCUGGUUGACCAUCAUAAGAAGAAACAUCCGUUCAUAUCUGGGAAUAAACUUUAAAGGGUUUUAUAAACUGGGAACAUGGAGUUCGACUGUUACCAGCACUAUUUCCUCGACGACUUCGACACAGAGGAGGAUUUUUACAAGUCGACGGCGCCGAGUGAGGACAUAUGGAAAAAGUUCGAGCUUCUACCCACCCCUCCCAUGUCCCCCACCCGGACUCUGAGCGGAGCUGCUGUGCACCUCUCGGCGGGGGACAAGCUAAACUGGCUGUCCAAAGUCCUGGGUCAGGACGAGGAGUGCGAGGGACAGUUCAUCCCGGACACUGAGGAGCUAUUCGGCAACCUCAGUUCCAUCAUCAUCCAGGACUGCAUGUGGAGUAGUUUCUCCGCCAGCAAACAGCUGGAGAAGGUCAGCGGGAAGGUGGUGCCAGCUGCGGCACAGACCGGUGUCUCCCCGGUGGCGCAGAUCUCCGUGAGACCGAGCAAAGCGCAGUGCGUCUCCCCCGGAGGCGUGCUCCCCACCGCGGCGACAGACUGCGUCGACCCCGCGGCUGUUCUCACCUUCCCGGCGAGCAGCUGCAGGAAGCCGGCGUCGUCUGGCUCCGAGUCCCGCUCCGAUUCCUCCGACGAUGAAGAGGAGAUCGACGUAGUCACUGUGGAGAGCAAGCAGAGCCGGAUGCGUCUGGUGAACAGCAGAAAACCGGUGACCAUCACGGUCCGUGCAGACCCCUGCCCCAAACGCUUCCACAUGUCCGUCCACCGGCAGCAGCACAACUACGCCGCUCGUUCCCCAGACAGCGAGCCGGAGCCCGAAGAAGAGGAGGAAGACGACGAAGACGAUGAGGAGUCUGAGGAAGAGCCUCAGAGCAAACGCACAUGCACGUCAUCCAGUCAGAACUCUCGUGUCUCCCAGCCCGCCUCUCCCUCAGAAACCCCCCUGAACUCAGACACAGAGGACACUGACCGUAGGAGGAACCACAACUUCCUCGAAAGGAAGAGGAGGAACGACCUGCGAUCCCGUUUCCUCGCUCUGCGGGAUCAGAUCCCAGGUUUGGAGUCUGCGAAGACCCCGAAGGUGGCCAUCCUGACCCAAGCCACAGAAUACCUCACGAAUCUCCACGGCAAAGAGAAACGGCAACUGCAGGAGAAAAAACGGCUCAAAUCCAGACAGCAGCAACUUCUCCGCAGAUUAUCUGAACUGAAGCGCUUGUGAGAUGCAAACACGAGCGACAUUUUCAAACCAACUGCCUCAUUCACAGUCAGGAAGUUUUUCUAUAACAACAUGCCUCUUGUAAAUAGAAAGUGGUGUGUUUUGUCUGAAAUGAACUCUUACAAGUUUGGGCUUUCUAUGAAAUGACUGCAAAUGAACCUGACAUGGGGAGGAGCAGUUUGUGUGCUGUUUUCCUUUGUCUUUGCACAUUGUUGUAGUAAUGAGCAGGGGUAAAGAUUUUGAUUUCAUUGCUCAGAUUUUUCCUGGUGUGCUGUGAUGGGAAAUAAUAUGUUAAUAGUUUAUCUGUGUGAUAGUCAACAUAUGUAGCCUUCAGGGUGUGAGUGUGAAGACUGUUUAAGAUGUCUUAAUUUUAAUGGUUGCACACUUUGAAUGGAGUGUGGAUGCCUCUCUGUGUACAUAGGAAUGAGAGAGUGAGUUCUCAGUGUGUUUGAGUGACUGUAUGUUUGCUGUACAUAUUGUUCUGUAAAUAAUAGCUUAUCCCUCCUGGUGAAGGAGUUGGAAUCAAGAGUCGUCGAUGAGCUCUGCUCUUCUCUAUGAUGUGCCACCAGGCAUCAAGGAAACCUCUAUUUUGUUAAGAAAACAGGAAAAACUGGCAAAAAAAAUUUGAAUAUGUAGCACUGCUGUACUUUAUUUACACACAUGUCACUUUGUGAUUUCAAUGCUUCUCCUGAUUUAGAUUUUUUUUAUUAUUAUGGCAUGCUAACAUGAAUUGCAACAUUAAAUUUUUAUACCUUA